GUUGCGGCCUCCACCCGAAGGCGGCGCAAGUCAGCAACUGCCCUCCCGCGCCAGCUUCCGUUCGCGGAGAAGAAUCGUCCCCGGAAGUGACGCGGUCCUCUUCGACCAGGCCGAGCCAACAUGGGGCGCGUCAGGACCAAGACCGUGAAGAAGGCGGCCCGGGUGAUAAUCGAGAAGUACUACACCCGGCUGGGCAACGACUUCCACACCAACAAGCGGGUGUGCGAGGAGAUCGCCAUCAUUCCCAGCAAGAAACUCCGCAACAAGAUCGCCGGUUACGUGACGCACUUGAUGAAGCGCAUCCAGCGAGGUCCCGUGCGAGGAAUCUCCAUCAAGCUGCAGGAGGAGGAACGCGAGAGGCGCGACAACUACGUGCCAGAGGUGUCGGCUCUGGACCAGGAGCUGAUCGAGGUGGACCCGGACACCAAGGAGAUGCUCAAGCUGCUGGACUUCGGCGGCCUGUCCAACCUUCAAGUGACGCAGCAAACGGUCGGCAUGAACUUCAAACAACCUCGAGGAGUCUAACUUGUCUUCUUCUUCUUCUGCAAAUAAAACAAAAAGGAACACUG